GGAACUGCCCCUCCGGCAUAAAUAGCGGCGCCGSAGCCCCGGCCCCUCAGACGGGACGAGCAGCAGCGGUACAGAGAGCUGGUCCAGCGUCAAGAUGAGAGCCGUGGUGUUGACCCUCGCCCUGCUCUGCCUGACGGGCACCCAGGCCCGCUCCUUCCUGCAGCACGAUGACCCCCAGGCACCCCUGGAUCGCCUCAAGGACAUGCUCGAUGUGUACCUGGAGACAGUGAAGGCCAGCGGCAAGGAAGCCAUUGCCCAGUUCGAGGCUUCCACCGUGGGCAAACAGCUCGACCUGAAGCUGGGUGAGAACCUGGACACGCUGGGCGCAGCCGCCGCCAAGCUGAGAGAGGAUAUGGCCCCCUACUACAAAGAGGUGCGGGAGAUGUGGCUGAAAGACACCGAGGCCCUGCGCGCCGAGCUGACCAAGGACCUGGAGGAGGUGAAGGAGAAGAUCAAGCCCUUCCUGGACCAGUUCUCUGCCAAGUGGACGGAGGAUCUGGAGCAGUACCGCCAGCGCCUGGCCCCCCUCGCCCAGGAGCUGAAGGAGCUGAGCAAGCAGAAGGUGGAGCUGCUGCAGCAGAAGCUGACCCCGGUGGCCGAGGAGGCGCGGGACCGUCUGCGCGGGCACGUCGAGGAGCUGCGCAAGAACGUGGCCCCUUUCAGCGAUGAGCUGCGGCAGAAGCUGAGCCAGAAGCUGGAGGAGAUCCGCGAGAAGGGCAUCCCCCAGGCCGCCGAGUACCAGGCCAAGGUGGUGGAGCAGCUCAGCAACCUGCGCGAGAAGAUGACRCCCCUGGUGCAGGACUUCAAGGAGCGCCUGACCCCCUACACCGAGAACCUCAAGGCCCGUUUCAUCAGCCUCCUGGAGGAUCUCCAGAAGAGCGUGGCCUGAGCCGCCGGCCGGCGCGGCCAGGGACUGACCCAGCCCCUUCCUGCAGCUGCCCUGGGUGCUCCCUGCCCUGCCCCGGGGGCUCUGGGGACAGGCUGCAGGAGCCUCGGGCCAGCCCAGCCCYAGGGUGUCCUCCCCGGAGACCCCCUCCUCCCCUAGAAUCCCUCCCCGACCCGGAGUCGCUCUCAGCUUUGCCUCCCUUUUGUCAAAUAAAAGUGACUUAAGUUA